AUGAACAACACCACCUGCCUCUUCAGCCAGUCCCCCCUGGUCACGCACAUCUGCCACGCCUACCUGGGCCUGCUGCUGGUGCUGGGCCUGCUGCUCAACGGCCUGGCGCUCUGGGUGUUCUGCUGCCGCCUGCGCCGGUGGACGGAGACCCACAUCUACAUGGUCAACCUGGCCGUGGCCGACCUCUGCCUGCUCUGCACCCUGCCCUUCAUGCUCACCUCGCUGAACCAGGACAGCCCCACUGACACGGUGCUCUGCCAGCUUUCCCAGGGCAUCUACCUGGCCAACAGGUACAUGAGCAUCAGCCUGGUCAUGGCCAUCGCCGUGGACCGCUAUGUGGCCGUGAGGCACCCGCUGUGUGGCCGCGCGCUCCGCUCCCCGCUGCAGGCUGGGGCCGUGUGUGUGGUACUCUGGGUGCUGGUGGUCAGCUCCCUGGUGCUUCGCUGGGCCCUGAAGGAUCAGGAGGGUGGCUUCUGCUUCCAGAACCCCUCCCGGCAGAACCCCCAGACUGUGGUCUUCUCCCUGCUGGGCUUCUACCUGCCACUGGCCGUGCUGGUCUUCUGCUCCCUGCAGGUGGUGACCGCCUUGGGCCAGAGGCCGGCUACCGACGCGGUCCAGGCGGAGGCCACCCGAAAGGCUGCCCGCAUGGUCUGGGCAAACCUGGCCGUGUUCGUGGCCUGCUUCCUGCCCUUGCACGUGGUACUGACCUGGCGUCUGGCCACGGGCCUGAAAACCUGUGCCAUCCAGGACGCCCUCUCUGUCACUAGCCGGGUCUCAGAUGCCAACUGCUGCCUGGAUGCCAUCUGCUACUACUACAUGACCAAGGAGUUCCAGGACGCAUCCGCACUGGCCACGACCCCUACUGCCAAGGCCCAUAGGAGCCAGGACACCCUGUGCGUGACUCUGGCCUAGGAGACGACACGGGUGUGGGGACCAGGUCCCCGCUCUCUGGGAGGUGCUCCUGCUGGGGGUAGGGGGCUGUGACCAGAAGUGAAGAGACCCAGGAUGGGCCCUGAGCUCACCAUGGGUGUGGACACUUUCCAAGAAGCCUGCUGGACAGGUAUGACCCAGGUGCAGAGCCUUGGGAAGGUCACAACCCCACCCCUGGGAUGAAGACAGACAGGGGCAAGGGCAAGAGGACUGAACGAGGCCAUCCCCAGGGACCCUGGGAUGGGGCCGAACACCUGCUGUGUCCAAGGCCUGGUGUCCCUGGGCACUGGGCAGGGAGGGUGGGUACCUGCUGGGUUCUGUGCCUCUCUGGGCAGGAGUAAAGCUGCCCCCAGGGCUGGCCCUGACGGGACUGUGUGUGCUGCCCAAGGUUGCCUGGGGGAGGCAGGAGGGCGGGGCAUCUCUGGGUGAGUCUCUAGGGCCCUCUUAUCUGGUUCCCAUCCAUCUCAAGUCCCCUGGGUGUGUGCAGCCUGGUGUCCUCCUGCUGGUGCAGGCCAGGACCUCUGAGCCCCUUGUUGGGGCUGAACAGAUGC